GCGACGUUGGCUGACAGCGGACCGGAACGAGUGUGACAGGACAAGUCGCUUAAAAGAAACAGAGUUUUCACACACAAAUCCACAGCGCGAUGGUGGACGAGGAGCUUGUGAAGAAAACGCUGCGAGCAGUGCUCCGCUCUGGGAAGGGUGGGCUGCCCCUGUCGCGGCUGCAGGCAGAAUAUAAGGAGCUUACGGGCGAAGCCGUACCCCACAGAGAGCUGGGCCACGCGACGCUGGACACCAUGCUGCGCGCCAUGCCCUCUGUGGUGCGUGUGGACCGGGCCCUCUCUGGAGAGGUAAUGUGUUAUGCUACAGCAGGGAAAGAAAUGGCUCACUUGACAAAACUGGCAGCUCGACAGCAUACAGCUGAAAAGACUGGCCGGCCUCAAAUGGUCAACUGCCAGAUGAGAGUCAAGCCCUCUGCCCCUUUUGUGUUAAAUGCCAAUCCCAGGACAUCUCUGAGGCAACCUGAUCACCAGGGUCACCAGAGGCGAGUUGGGGGUCACCCGGGGGGCCAUGGUGACUCUCGGCCUCGGAAUAUGAGGGGCCCCCAUCCUGACGGGAGAGGCUGUAAACCUUGCAGUACACCACCCAGCACACCCACCAGAAGACCUGCCCUACCCUCUGACAGAUUGGACAAGAAGAUGACCUUGCCAUCCAGGUUCCAAAAAGAAGCCCUCUCUAGUAAUCCUCAACAGAGCACUGCUCCUGCCAACUUGAAUGAAAACAUCCCCCAACCAAAACCCAGGACAUCCCAUUCAAGCUCCUACAUCCCCAAACUGAUACAGUCUCGCCUCAAGGAAAUUCUGAUCAAGCACAGUAAUGGUUUCUGGGUAUCUAAGCUUCCACAGUUGUAUAGAGAGCUGUAUAAACAAGACCUGCCAAGCGAAGCAAUGAAAGAUCUGGAACAAUGGACGCAUAUAUGCAUAGUUGAGAAACCAUGCAGUAGCAAACCUAAUGAGCUGCUAUUGUACCCUGCUAAAGAUAUUAGACAAACCAGUACCCCACCUAGCUCUGCCAUGAGGCCUACAGCAGACAGACAGCCUUCCUCCCCCUUCCAGGCGCAGCAGUUGUCCACAACACCGUCCUCUUCUACAUCUAGCCUUCUGGAGUCCCCCAAGGCUCUAUCCGAAGACCUCAAGCAAAAGCUAGGAGUGCUGCUCCUCAAAUAUAGCAGUGGUCUGUGGGCUCAUGCCCUCCCUAAACUCUACCAGGACACUUACAAGACUAAGCUGCCCGAGUAUGUUCUUGACAACCUGCUUCUGCUGUCAGAAAUAUGUACCAUUGACUACCCCAUGCCGGACAACCCCAAAAGGGCGAUUCUGUAUGGGAAAGUAGCAGAGGAUGAAAACUGCAACCAGGCAGAAUUGGCAGACCUGAAGGUGAGAGAGGAGGUGGGCAGAUGUUUCAGUUCUCAGACCACACCCCCACUCCUUAUUCCCACCGAAGAAUACCCCUCAGUGCUGGUCGUGGAAGCAAGGAGCACCAAUAGUGUUGUUCUGAGAUACAUAGGUGAGGGGUACUCCAAAGCCCUGGAGAAGCUGGAAGAUGAUAUGAAGGAAUACUACAAACAAGACAACACCAAGAAGCCCCUGGCCUCACUUUCAUCAGGCCAACUAACUGCAGUUUAUGCUGAAGAAGAGGAGGAGAUCCUCCGAGCACACGUGUGUGAGGUCAUGUCUGACAAGGUUAAGGUUAAUUAUGUGGAUCAUGGCUUUUCUGAGGUCAUCAGUAAAAGCAGGUUGCUGGAGAUGCAUGAGAAGUUUUUAAGACUGCCUUUCCAAGCCACCAAAUGCAAAUUGGCUGGCCUUGAGUCCUUUUCUCAGGAGCCAGCUGUGCUGAAAAAGUUUGACUCCAUGGCAAGAGGUAAAAUCUUACUGGCUGAGCUCCUAGAGCAAGAUGAGAUUCCUUUGAUGGUGUUAUAUGACAUGUCCCAGGAUGAUGACGUUAAUAUAAAUGCUGCUUGCCUGAGAACCCUACAAGAGAAGUCUUUAGAUAUCCCUUUGCAGGUGAACAAUAUCUGCAUAAAUGUGAGUGUGACCACUGUGUGUUCAGAUGGGACAUUUUGCUGCCAGAUUCCUUCUCAAGGCCUGACCAAACUCAACGAGAUCCUGGAGAAAACAGAGACCUAUUUCCACUCCCAGGUCACAUCAGAGUCAUUGGUUUCUAGACCUUUCUGUGGAAAAAGCUGUCUGGCUCGCUACAAAGGCAGAUGGUCUCGGGUUGAGAUAACUAACCUGCAUGGCAGUCGUGUGCUGGACAUCCUAUUUGUGGAUCUGGCGGUCAAGGCAUCUGUUGAAGUCAUCGAGCUAAGGGAAAUCCCACCACCUUUCCUAUGUGACUUUGUCUCAAUCCCACCCCAGGCAGUCCGGUGCUGUUUAGCUGAUUUGUCUGUGAGUGUGGGCUCUUGGACUCCAGAUGCCGUACAGAGGCUCAAAGAUACAAUUCUCCACUGCAGUGACUGCAGCUUGAAGAUUGUUAAAGUAGAGGAGAGCAAACACCUGUACCAUGUCUACUUGUUUACCAGCAAGAACAUAAAUGACCCUAGCAGCAGCCUUAGCUGCCACCUUGCUGACUUGGAUCUCUGGAAGCAACAUGCAGACAUCUUCCUCAGCAGCCAGGAGCAUCUAAAAGCUCCCAGUGGCCCUAUAACCUCCAUCCCCACGUCUGCCUCCACUGGCCUUUCCAGCCCCAGUGACAAUGGAGCAGACAAGCCUCAUUACAUGCCCAAGAGGGCAUCUCCCCAGUUGGAUUCUGGUAGAAGGCUUCCAGGUAGCCCAUCUGGGAGUCUGCCUCUGCCACCUGUUCUGGAGCUGCCCCCACUGGGGCAGAAUAUGGACAUUUAUGUGUCAGUAGCAUGCCACCCAGGGCAUUUUGUGCUACAGCCAUGGCAAGAUAUGUACAAGCUGAUGGUCCUGAUGGAAGAGAUGAUUCUGUACUAUAACAGGAGAGAUGAUAAUCUGAUCACAGUGGAGAAGAACCAGGUGUAUGCUGCCAAAGUAGAAAAUAAUUGGCAUCGAGUGCUUGUGAAAGGAGUACUGUCCAGUGGCCUGGUGUCAGUUUAUGAGCUGGACUACGGCAAGCAUGAGCUGGUGAGCUGCACUCUGCUGAGGCCCCUCAUUCAGGAGUUUCGCCAGCUCCCAUUCCAGGGCAUCACUGCUCAGCUCGCAGGUGUGAAACCCAGGAAGUGGUCUGAAGAGGCUUCCAUUGUGUUCAGGAACCACAUUGAGAAAAAGCCUCUGGUGGCCCAACUGGACUCAGUGCAGGAGGCAGAACAGCCCUGGUACCGCAGGGUCACUGUGUACUUGGUGGACACUUCCCAGGAGGACAGAGACAUCUGGGUCCAUGACCUCAUGGCUGAGUUUGCAGAUGAUCUCACCAAAGCAGCAUAGCAACCUUAGUUACAGGUUAUUUGUUCUGGGAUGUUUUUUGUGUGUGCUCUAUCUGGACACACCGUUUUCUUUUGACUUGGACAUGGGGAAGAAGAGACUCAGUUUCACUACUACAUGUCAUCAUAAAGAGUAACUUUAUGUAAACUACUCCAGCUGAACCAGUGCUCCUAUUAUAUUUGCAGGCUAUCUUUAGAUUUUCUAUCUUCUUGACAGAGACCCCAACUUUGAGAUUUGCUCUAAGCAUGUAAUAAACAAUGUGAGGGUCUAUCUAAUCAAAGCAAGCUUUGUCCAACAAGUCUGGGAAGUGAUCUAAGGACAACAAAGGACAAAGCACCUUUGCCAAGCUUGGCUGUCAUGUGAUAUGCUUAUUACAUUUAUGUUACAAUUUGAAAAAUGUAUUUAAACAGACUAUUUAAAUUUAAUGACAGGGAUGUUUGAUGCUAGCUGACUAGUUUGAUGCUAGCUGACCAGUAAUUUAAGUUUGCCAAUCAAUAAAUGCUUCUGCUUUACCAUUCUGUAUGGUUAACUUAAGUCAUAAACAAACAAUUAUUUUUGACCUCUGACAAGGCCAUGAAUCUUUUCACUGGGAACAAAGUUUACAUGACCAGGCUCAAGGGAGUUAAAUAGACAAGUUGUUUACAAAACUAGUGAAGCAUUCCCGUUCUUCCAUAAAUGUAUGAAGGUUCCAUAUGUUAAAUUGGAGAACUUGGAUUUUGCCACUAUUUUUUUUUUAUUAUUUAAACAGGCUGCUUGUAAUCUGUGGGGUUUAGCAAAAAUGUGACAGCAGUAACAUAAUAUACUUAGCGCUAAUUCCUUAACAUUGGUUUAGUAGAAUGGCUGAGUUUUCUUUAGCUAAAUAUUACAUUUAGAUCAUGUAUGCACAUGAAAAUGAAGUAUGACAACUAUGACUAACCCUAGGGUUAACUGCAUAUGCAAAGUGUUUGAGAAAUAAAGGAGAAAAACCAUUGA